UCAUGAUGUCUCCUCCUCGCUUGCUAUCUGCACACUUCGUUCAGGCCAAUUUGGGUUCCGAACAAGCGCCUGAAUCCCUCUGUCACGCAUAGCGGUCAGCUCAGCGCAGUCCUGAGCGGCCAAGCCGUAAAUCACAAUGUCCGUCACUGUAUCAUGUGGUCACAAAGCUGUUGCUCACCUUGAUUUUCAUUGUCGUGUUGACGAAGAGCCGCAGAUUGGUGUUGUUCUUCAGAUUCAAGUACGAGGGCCAAUCGGAGGGAGAAUCCGGCACAUCGAAUCGCUCCAAGCUAUUGUUGCGCAGGUCAAUGUCAUGCGCCAUUUUUUUCAGCGGUUCACCACUCGUGUCAACCGCCGUGAUAUGGUUGAAGGCGAGAGUGAGGAUGCCAGUCGCUGAAAUGUGACAUAGGUGUUACCGUCCCAGGGCAAUCAGCAAUCGGUGUUGUCCUCCUUCAAGUUUAAUAACUGUGAUGCUACCUGAAAGAGCUUUGAAGCUGUCUUUGAAAGUUACAUAGCCCUGCUUUGAGCAAUACAGGGGACAAGAAAUGUGCUGUGUUUGUGCGUGUGUGGGCGUGUCUUGAGCACUGCUUACUGCCGAGCCACUCCAUUCCACGGGUCGGCUGUCGACCAGCUCUUGAACGUCAUCUCUGUCGAAGUGAUAGAGAACGGCGCAGGUCAAAUUUCCCUUUAGCUGACACUCAGCGCAGCUGAGAUUUGAUAGGCUGCAAGGAUAGGACAGAAGACAAUGAGCCAAUGCACUGGAUCCACUCAUGUGUCUCACUCACCUUGGCAGAGCCCGGAACCCUUGGAGAAAAUCGGUGACGUCGAUGUGCAGACUGUUGAAGCUCACGUCGAGCUCACGCAACACGGGCCAAUCGGGCGGUUCCUUGGCAGACAACCACUCUUUGGCUUCAGACAACGUCGCUAAAUAGAGCAACAGAUAUGAGUUAGAAAAAGACUACACGAGCAGGCUAUUCGCUGUCUUACAGAUCCGGUCAUUAGCACAAUAUCCUUUGGCCGUUUCAAACCACUCUGGCCACGUGGAUGCAGUGAAGCUGUUGUUGCUCAAAAGGAGCUUUUUAGCAGCAGGAAGAUAAUGCCAGCUUGCUGGGAUAAUGGCAAGGGCGUUGGUGUCAAAAUUGAUAUCUUCCAGGCUGAACAAUGUAAAAGUGAAAAAAGGUCAACGUGCGUCAUUGUGUGUCUCCUUUUCUCUUGCUGACGUCUCGGGGAGGGAUCCGUUGCCGGUGAAGCCCUCAAUGCGAUUGCAACUCAGGUCUACCAUUCUGAGUCUCUUGAUAGGGGACAGGGAUGGCAGCGUGCCGGUCAUAUUGUUGUUGCUUAAGGAGAGUGUCGUUAGGCUUGUCCACUCAUCGAGCGAGGAUGGGAGGGCUGCCAGACUGCCCGAUACAGAGAUCAAAGCACAUAAGCAGUGUGUCCUUCGGUCGACGGAAAGACCGUACUUGUUGUUGUCAGCGACAAGCUCUUUCAGUUCUGCGCAUUCCGCCAGCCCAUCAGGGACUGGUCCAUUAAACUGUUGGCAAGCAAUGUCAGACACAGAAAUUAAAGUAAUUUCUUUGCCCUGGUCCUGCUUUGAUUCUAGACCUUGUUAUGGCUCAAAUGAACUUUCUUUAGCUGUGGAGGCAAUCCGAGGGCGUCCAAGGUCCCCGAUAGCUUGUUCCACUCCAAAUACAACUCCCUCAGUUGCAAAAAGUUGCCCCACUGCUCAGGAAUGGUGCCAUUGAGGUUGUUGUAUCAGGUGCUCUAGGUUGGUCAGCAAGCCCCACUCCGGAGGAAGGCCGCCGGAGAAGCCCUCAUCCGCCUUUUUGGCUGUGAAGGUCGAUGCGACGUAUGUUUUUUGCCUUGCUGAGAGAUGCGGGGAGAGACCCUGACAGCUGCAAGCCAAAGAGCACAUCGCCUUUUGCUCUCCACAUUCGUGUCUCUCUUUGCUUUACGCGUUUCUUGACUUGCCUGAUUUUCUUGGAGCUCUAACUCCUCGAGAUCGGGCCAGUUUGAGCCAAAGCCGUCAGGCAGGCUGCCAUAUAGAGAAUUGCUCUGGAGUCUGAGAUGUCUUAAGCGAGUUAGAUUUCUGAGAAACAUCGGGAUAGGCCCAGAGAGGUUGUUCCGCUGCAGAUCAAGGGUCUUGAGAUGGUGAAGCUCUCCCAAAGAGUCCGGUAUGCGACCGCUCAGACUGACAUUCUCGAGCACAAGCGACGUCAGAUUGUGCCCGAGGGUGGAAGGGAUGCUGCCAAGGUGCAAAUCGGCCGGCUCGAGCGUCAGGUACUUGAUUUGCAUCAGGUUGGCGACGGAGAACGGUCCAUUAAGCGCUGCAUCGGUGAUACCGAGCAGCUCGAGGGAGGGAAGAUUCAGAUUAGGCAAUUGCCCCGAGAAGCUCAAAGAUUUCUGUGACGAGCCGAUGAUGUCGAGCGCUUUGAGAGAAGUCAGGUUGUUGAUGGAUUUGAGGAUUGUUCCAUUCAUAAUUGUCCCCCUGAUGUAGAGCAGGCGUAGAGACGUCAUGUUGCCAACUUCGUCCAUCAGAUGGCCCUCGAAAGGCACGCUGGAAAUCCACAGACCGAGGAUGUGCUUCAGCUCAUAAAUGUCCCGCGGGAAAUCUACCGUCGUCCUCAGGUUCUCCCGCAACUCUGUCACUUCAAAUCCAUCCUCACGGUUGCCCCACAGUAGCUGCGAGGAAUCGAUCAACAAACAACCACAUGGGGAGAGAGAGAGAGAGAGAGAGAGAGAGAGAGACAGCGAGCGACGCUGUGCGUUCGCGCGCGCGUGUGUGUGUGUGACACUGCGUGUGCGUGUGGGUUGCUGACCAGCAGAUACCCCUCAGCCCCGUCAGGCAGGCGGAUGCACACAAUGAACGAGGCAUUACAGAAGUCCACCGCAAAGGCGCUCCUGUCAGUCUUGUUGACGAGACUAAUCUUCGCUAGCAACCUGCUGAGUGCAUCAGCAUCCGCCUGGCAAGGACCACACUCAGAGGUUGAGAGGUCCUCCAU